AUGAUUGUCGAUAACAGACAAGAUAAUAUGGACAACAUGUGGAUAACGGGCACCGUGGGUGCCAUAAAAGCCCUAUCCUACGUCUACGAUCUUUUCACUUUCCCCGUGUAUCUGCUGCUCCAGCGGCCAUGGGAGAAAAGGAAGCGAUCCAGGCGCAUCAAAGCCAAGCCCGUAGAAAAAGACGAUCAUUUUGUAAUUUAUCGCAAUAUCGAUCCGAUCGGCGAGAUGCAUUCACAAUUGGAAAAUCAAAAGAUCGAUACCCUCGAAGCUAUGCUGAAGUGGGUUGCCUCGGUGCACGGCAACAAAAGGUGCUUAGGUACAAGGCAAAUAUUUGCCGACGAAGACGAGAUACAACCAAAUGGACGAGUAUUCAAAAAGUACAAAAUGGGCGAGUACCAAUGGAAAAGCUUCACGGAGGUCGAACAGACUGCCGCAUCGUUCGGACGUGGUCUCAGUGAUCUCGGACUGACGGCUCGUAAAAAUAUUGUCGUUUUCGCAGAAACUAGAGCCGAGUGGAUGAUUGCUGCCCAUGCUUGUUUCAAACAGAAUCUCACGAUUGUCACUAUAUACUCAACUUUGGGCGAUGAUGCUAUUGCUCAUGGUAUCAACGAGACCGAAGUCGAUACAGUCAUUACCAGCUUCGACCUCUUACCUAAGUUCAAGAAAAUCUUGGCUAAAACACCCGAUGUAAAGAAUAUCGUUUUUAUGGAAGAUCAAUUGAAAAUUGCCGAUGUCAGCGGUUUCAAGGAAGGAGUUCGAAUUAUACCGUUCCAAGAGGUCAUCAGUGUCGGCAACAAAUCAAGCGCACCAUCGAUUCCGCCAAAAGGUGACGACACGGCCAUCAUUAUGUACACGUCGGGCUCGACGGGAGUACCUAAGGGUGUGCUUUUGUCUCACAAAAAUGUUAUUGCAACGCUCAAAGCCUAUUGCGAUGCUGUUGUCAUAGAAAAUGACGACGUAUUUAUGGGAUAUCUUCCCUUGGCUCACGUUUUCGAACUACUUUCCGAAAGCGUUUGUUUGCUCAACGGCGUGCCGAUUGGCUACAGCUCUCCCUUGACCAUGAUCGAUUCCAGCAGUAAAAUAAUGAAGGGCUGCAAAGGAGACGCUAGUGUACUUCACCCGACUUGUCUGACAGCCGUACCCUUAAUUUUGGACCGCAUAUCAAAGGGCAUAAACGAAAAAGUUAAAAGGGCUGGACCUUUCACACAAGCAAUAUUUAAUUUUGCUUAUGAGUACAAAUUGAAGUGGACCAAGCGUGGCUACGACACACCCAUUUUCAACAGAACCAUUUUCAACGCUGCCAAGCAAGUUCUUGGUGGUCGCAUGAGAUUGAUCCUUGCCGGUGGGGCACCUUUGAGCCCAGAAACUCAUAUGCAAGUUAAGUUAUGCUUAUGCGUUACCGUUACUCAGGGUUACGGAUUAACCGAAACUUGCUCCUGCGCUACUGUUAUGGAUGCUUAUGAUAGAAGCACUGGAAGAGUUGGAGCCCCGACUACUGGUUGCGACAUCAUGUUAGAAAAUUGGGAAGAGGCUGGAUACAGAGUAACCGAUACGCCUAAUCCUCGAGGUGAAAUUGUUAUUGGAGGAGAUAAUAUAUCAGCAGGAUACUACAAACUUCCUGAUAAAACAAAGGAAGAUUUCUUCAUUAGAGAAGGCAAACGUUGGUUCAGAACUGGAGACAUUGGCGAAGUUCAUCCUGAUGGAGCUAUAAAAAUCAUUGAUAGGAAAAAGGAUUUAGUAAAGCUUCAAUUUGGAGAAUACGUUUCUCUUGGAAAAGUUGAAUCAGAACUGAAAACAUGUUCGCUAGUGGAGAAUAUCUGCGUGUAUGGAGAUGCUAGCAAAACCUAUACUGUAGCUUUAGUCGUGCCAAAUCCUCGUCAUCUAGAAGAUAUCGCUAAAAAUCUAGGAACAACAUUCUCUUCCUUCGAAGAGCUAUGUAACAAUCCGAGGAUAGAAAAAGCCGUUUUGGAUGCAUUAGUAGAACAUUCUAAGAAAUGUGAUCUUCAAAAGUUUGAAGUUCCUGGUGCUGUGAAAUUAGUUACAGAAACAUGGUCACCAGAUAUGGGUCUUGUAACUGCUGCAUUUAAACUGAAGAGAAAAGCCGUACAAGACCGCUACAAACAUGAAAUAAGCCGAAUGUAUGCUUCGUGAUAUAUGCAAGAAAAAAAAGCGAAAAAGAGCGCAUAGCACAACUAAAUGUUUCCCUAAAUAAAUUUCCGCAAGCUAUGCGGUUUUUUUCUAUGUUUAAAAAAACUGUGCAUGAGAUUGAUAAUCAAGAAGUAUAGUUCAUACAACAUAUGCAGCUUUCUCGAAUACAAGGAGCUAUUCUUCCAUGAUGGGUAAUGAACUAAUCAUAAUGAAGAUAUUUAGAAAUACAUUUUUACACCAACCAAAUAAAUUAAUUUAAAGGAACACCUCGCCAAAAAUGUCUCGCUUCACAAACAGACGAAAUGAGGUGUGAAUAUUUUGAAUUGAAUCUAAUACAUAUGUCCAUUAUAACAUGAAUUGGAAAACAAUAUUAUAAAAUACUUAAUUUGUAUUAUGUAUUAAAGAUGUAUGUACUAGUUUAGGCAUUGAAUAUUUCAUAUACCAUAAGCCUUAUAAGUGCAUCUAUUUUACGACUAUUUAAAUUGAACAUUGUCUUCGAAUAUAUCAUUUUUUAGUUAAUUUUACAAAUUUUUUAAUUAAUCUCCAAAUUCAGUUACUGUUACGCCAUAAAAAAUUGGUAUAAUGCUCAUAAAUUAUUCUUGUUAAAAAGUUGUGUAUGAUAAAUGUAAAACUACGUAUGAGUAAUUGUUUUGUUAUUUAGGUAUGAAUGGGUAAGCAAGGAAAUGGCUGUGUAAUUUUAUUUUAAAAUUGUAAUAAUUUAUUGUGUGAGAGAAGAAAUAAAAUUACGAACAUGUGUAUAUUAUUAAAUGGUGUGAUUUUUUUAAAGGUAUGAAUGAGUGGCUGUAAAAUAUGAAUUGCUUUAGUUGUAGACAAGCGUUGAAGUUUUUGAUUAUAGCUGAAUAUUUUGAAUAUCAUAUUACAAUUUUAUAAAGUGGCCUACUAUUGUAAAGAAAAAUAA